AUGGCCUCAAGCCACUUGGCACACGGGGUCCACCCAGUCAGCCUCGACGUCGAGAAUCUCACUAUUACGUUCAUGCGCCCACGACCAAGGCUGUCAAUUUGGGCUCCGAAAGGAACUUCCGAACAACAACUAUCGAGUCACCGAAUUCUCGAUGAUCUUAACAUUCGUAUACCUCAUUGCAGCCUCACUGCAAUCCUAGGAGCCAGUGGUAGCGGCAAGACGUCCCUCUUGAACGCAAUGGCAGGAAGAUUUCGUGGAAAUGGCAUCGAAUCAUCUGGCCAGAUACUAUACAACAAGUCACUAAAGCCGUGUCGAUUUAGAAUGGCAUAUUUGGUGCAAACGGACGGUCUGCUUCCCUCCCUGACAGUGCGGGAGACUCUUUGGUACGCUGCGGGCCUCCGAGCCGCGUACGUUAAGUCCAGCCAAGAGCACAUGGAGCUCGUGGACUCUGUUAUCCAGGAACUAAACCUUGAAGGCUGCGCUGACACCGUCAUUGGCGAUGAUAGACGGGGUUGCUCAGGCGGCGAGAAAAGAAGGGUCAGCCUGGGGGUACAGCUGCUCGCCAACCCGUCGGUGCUCUUCUGUGAUGAGGCCACCACUGGUCUGGACGCAACAAAUGCAUACGGACUCACGCAAGCUUUGAAACGACUUACCUCCAAAGGUCGAACUAUCGUUGGAACCUUUCAUCAGCCUCGGUCGGAAAUCUGGAGUCUGUUUGAUCGGGUUGUCAUUCUAGCACAGGGGUCUCUGAUAUACUCAGGGCCUAUGGACGAAUGCGUUGGCUAUUUUACAAGGCUCGGUCAUCCUUUGCCGUCGCUGGUCAAUCCAGCUGAAUUUGUGAUUGACCUUGCGGCCAUCGAUUCUAGGACCCAUCAGCUCCAUCGUGCUACGAACGCGAGAGUAGAGACGCUAAAAGGUGCUUGGAAGUUAGACAGAGUCGCUGACACCAGUAAGGUUUGGGAAGCCUCCAUCACAUCGAAUGACAUCAAGAUUCUUCCUCAAGAGGAUACCGUAUCGCGCUUCGUGAGGGAAGUCAAAUUUCAAACAGCGAGAACAUUUAAGACGACACUUCGCGAUAGGAUGGGACUACUGGGAAUCGCAAUCGAGGUUCUAGUCAUAUCUCUCAUCACUGGAUGGAUUUUCAUCAAUCUUGAUGAAAGUCUCUCAGGAAUCAGAAGCCGAGAAGGUGGCCUCUACGCCGCCCCCGGUUUUCAAGGUUACAUUAUCCUCGUUUUCGAGGUAUUCAGAUUGUCAGAUGAGAUCAAACUCUUCGAUCGGGAAAGAGAGGAUGGGGUGGUCGGCGUAUGGUCAUUUCUUCUGAGCCGGAGACUCGCAAAACUUUUUCUGGAAGACCUACCGGUGCCAUUGAUCUUCUCAGUCAUAUACUAUUUCAUGGCUGGCUUUCGUCGAGAAGCCGCUCAAUUCUUUGUUUUCUUCGUCAUAAUGGUGCUUGGUCAGUACCUAGCUGUCACUUUCGCAAUGCUUUGUGUUUGUAUCUCGCGCGAGGUAGCCACCUCAUCUCUUCUGGCCAAUACGAACUACACUCUUCAGACAAUGUGCAGUGGUUUCAUCAUACAAUCUAAUCAGAUUCCUAUGUAUGUUCGCUGGCUGAAGUAUGUAGCCUACGCAUGGUUCACAAACGGAGCUCUGUACACUAACGAGUUCCUCGCACACACUGAUAAUCCAUAUGGCCGAUUCUACGACUGUCCUUAUCCUGGAGGGGCAGAGAAUUCACAAUGCCGCCCCUAUACAGGGCUAUUCAUCAUGGACAGUCUAGGUUUUCCAACAGAAUCCUGGCUUUGGCGGCCAAUACUGAUCCUUGUUGGCUUUACAUUGGCAUUUAAUUUUGGGGCUGCUGUUGCAUUGCAUCUUGUAAGACCGGGCGUGAGUGGCCUCAUUCGAGAGCCUCUAUCAAAAGAUGAGUCGAAGGUGAUCAAUACUGCUUCCAAUGCUGCUUCCAAUGCUGCUACGAAGUCUUCUCGCCCAAUAGGUAUCACAUUGCAGGACUUCAAUUUGAGCAUCUACAAGCGAAGGACACCUUUCACCAAACCUAGUCGUAUUCCAAUCCUCAAGAAUGUCAAUUCAACCUUCGAUGCCGGAGUUUUGAACGUAAUACUCGGGCCAUCCGGGAGUGGAAAGACGUCCCUUUUGAACACCAUGGCACAGCGGCUCCCGGACGGGCUUAUGCAGUACCACGUCGCUGGUGGGAGGAUGGUCCUCGGUGGAAGUAUUGCUUCUAAAGAACUCAUUACUUCCUUGACUUCCUACGUUUGCCAGGACGAUAAUGCACUAUUACCAAGUCUCACAGUGCGCGAGACACUACGUUUUGCUGCCCUCCUGCGUCUACCAACUUGGAUGUCGAUCGAUGACAAGAUCCAGCGCUCGGAAGAUGUCCUGCGCAAGCUUGGUUUGACAGAGUGCGCCGACACGCGUAUUGGCAACGCCAUCAUCAAAGGAAUAUCGGGAGGCGAAAAGCGCAGGUGCACAAUAGCUGUUCAAAUCCUCACAGAUCCAAAGAUCUUAUUCCUCGAUGAGCCGACCUCAGGUCUAGAUGCCUACACUGCGACAUCGAUCAUCGAAGUUCUCGAAGAGUUGGCCAAGGAGGGUCGUACCAUAGUCUUAACCAUCCAUCAAGCAAGUUUCAAACUCUUCGAACAUUUCAGCACGAUUCUCCUUCUGGCUCGUGGCGGGCACCAGAUUUAUGGAGGAAACAGGAAGGACAUACUUCCUUAUCUGUCGAAGUUAGGAUACGAAUGUCCCAGCGCCACUAACCCAGCAGACUAUGUUAUAGAUACGGUUGCCGAUCGCUGCGACGCAGAUGGAGAGAUACGGCUUCAACGCCUUAUUGCGCAGUGGACGAACAGGGAAGCAGCUCAGGAUUCUAUACCAGGCCAAUCAGCUGCUGCAAUGACGCCCGCCGAACUAGGUUCUCUCAAACGGUCUAUGGCGCCGCUUUAUAUAUCUUUGCCGCUUAUUCUGAAACGCAGCAUGAUCAAUCUGCAGCGCGAUAUUCAGGCUGUGCUUGCCCGGACAACUCAGGUUAUCGCGUUCAGCGUGAUAAUCACUCUCUUCUUUGCGCCUUUGAAGACGGACUACAACAGUAUACAGUCACGAAUGGGUCUCAUUCAGGAGGUCAUUGGUGUCUACUUCAUUGGGAUGCUUCAGAACCUCGCCAUAUACCCUACCGAGAUGAUGGUCUUCAACCGCGAAUGCGAAGAUUUGGUCUACUCACCCGAAGCCUUUCUCCUAGAGUACACCAUCCUCGAGAUCCCAUUCGAAAUCAGCAUCAGCCUGUUAUUUGCUUUACUCGCUGGCCUCGCCACUGGUUUCGCCCGAUCAGUCCAGGUGUUCUUCGUCGUAGCAUACAACUGCUUCUGCAUCGUCAACUGCGGCGAGUCUGUUGCGAUUAUCUUCAACACCCUCUUUGAGCACACGGCCUUUGCUGUUAAUGUGACCUCAGCCCUACUAUCGAUCGCGCUUCUCCUGGCUGGCAUCGUUAGUAUCCACCUGUCCCCGUUUCUUGAUUGGAUGAAUUAUCUCUCCCCUGGAAAGUGGGCGGUGGGAAACCUCGCGCCCUAUCAUCUUCGAGGCCUCAGAUUGGACUGUGAUGAAAAUCAGCGCUUGGACAACGGCGUGUGUCCACUUGAGACGGGCGAGGACGUACUAAGGCUGUAUGGGCUCGACUAUGAUCCGGAAUUGUAUCUGCUGGCCCUGGGUGUUUGCAUGAUUGUUUAUAGACUAGUGGCGUAUCUUGUUUUGAAGUUGAAGAAGGCCGAAUUUCUGAAAGGAUAA